GCGCGGUGAUUGGCUGCUUCAAACGGUGGCGGGGAGAGGAGGUCAGCUGUUCCUCGCCUAGCUCCUCCAGCACCAGACAGUCCUCUCAUUUUUCCCAUGUGGUGUGUUUAAGAGUCCCUUCGUCCGCUCACCGUGACUUCCCCCGGAGCCUGCAGGUGGCGUAGUGUCGGCAGGUGCUGCAAUAAUGUCCUCCAUGCACAUAGACGAAGACCAGGAGAACAGAGUGCCGGCCCACAGGAGGCUCAAAAGGGAAGCAAGCAAUGGCUCUCGGGUUGCUGCCAGUUUUGUGCAGCAGCAGGCAAACAGGCGGCCAGUGCUCUGUUCUAUCGGCACCAACGUCCGUAAGCAGCCCGUCAGAGCAGCCAAGCAGGGGGUUAGGUAUGAAACUGGAGUGCCACAGCAAAAUGACGAGAAUGCUGGCGUGCUCCAAAAGACCUUCUCCACCACCCAGCAAUCCUUCACGAUCCACCAGGAUGCCUCCUCCACUCCGUCUGGCGCCUCCAUCUCCGGCUGCCAGACCUCCACCUGCUCCUCCACCCUCUCCACUGUAUCAUCCACAUCAUCCGCCUCAUCCAGCUCCACUUGCUCUCUCCCUGCUGCUCGCCAACCACUGAAGGAGAGGAAAAUCAAAUCCUCUCAAGAUGAAGCUUUUGCACUUGAGCUUGACCCCUCCAUUACAAGCUUACACAAGUCAGACAGCGAUGCUUCAGGAGGGGGUGAGGUGAUGGAAAUGAGUGUGUGUGAGGAGGGGGAUCUGUCCAUCGCUGACUCGUCUGUCCCGCGCGAGGACCUGCUGCACUCCCGCACGGAUGAUGUGUUUGAUGUGCCGGAGUAUGCCAGUGACAUCUACCAGUACUUGAGGCAGGCCGAGGUGUGCCACAAGCCCCGGCCCAACUACAUGACCAAGCAGAUGGACAUCACCUCCAACAUGCGGUGGAUCUUGGUGGACUGGCUGGUGGAGGUGGCCGAGGAAUACACACUCCAGACCGAGACUCUCUACCUCGCUGUCUCCUACAUCGACCGCUUCCUGUCCCACAUGUCCGUGAAGCGCGACAAGCUGCAGCUGGUGGGCACAACAGCCAUGUUCAUUGCUGCGAAGUACGAAGAGAUCUACCCUCCGGACGUGAGCCAGUUUGCAUACAUCACUGACAACACGUACAAAGUGGGCCAGAUCCUGCGCAUGGAGCACCUCAUCCUCAAGGUGCUGAGCUUCGACAUGGCCGUGCCCACCGCCCACUUCUUUGUCAACAAGUUCUGCCGCCUCCUCAAGAACCCAGAGGAAGUGGUUCAUCUUGCUCUUUUCCUGGCCGAGGUGUCGAUGCUGGAUUGUGAUCCCUUCUUGAGGUACCUCCCCUCGCUGAUUGCCGCCUCUGCUGUGGCUCUGGCCAACCACACUCAGGGGAGGCCUGUCUGGCCCCAACACAUCGCCGAGUGGACGGGCUACACCCUGGAAGACCUGCGGGAGUGCUACGUCAACCUGUACCGCGCCUUCUCCCGGGUACAGGAGCCCCAGCAGCACGCCAUCAGGGACAAGUACAAAUGUUCAAAGUGGCACAAUGUGUCCCAGCUGACCCCUCGCCCGACCUUCCCCUGGUGAGGCAGCUGCCUGACUCCCUGCCUGGUGGUUCCCUUGGGUGUGGCCUCUGAGGGUCAGCACCCGCUCCUCCAUAUGGAGUCUCCCACACCUGCAGUGCCAUAACGUCGUGGGUGCCGCCUGCCCUCCUGCUCUCCGGGGGAACUCAUGGACUGCGUGUGUGUCGCUCAAGAGGAUGGAGAGUCCUGCCUGUGUGCAUGGCCCUCCAGGGAUGGUUUUAGUUGUUUAAACACUCGUUUUAUCCCUAAGUCAAAGGAAAGGAUUCAUUGCUCUUUCAUCGUCCCUUUGUCUCCUGAUGAGUAAGUGAAGAUUUUUUAUUUUUAUUUGGUUUUGUUUUAUAUUUCUAGUGUGAAGACAAGAUGUUAGUAUACUUUGCAUGAACUUGUGGUGUGGGGGGAGGGGGGGCUGUCUGCAGUAUUUUCACGUCUGGGUUUGUCUUGCAACCUUUGCUGUGGUGAAAACAUAUCAAGCACUUGGAAAGACACAAUGUACAUAUGUAAUUUAGUGGUAACAUGACAGGGCUGCCCGUUCUGCCUGCGUGGAGGGCGCAGCCCCAGCAUCCUUCACCCCCACUAUCCUUGGACACGAGAAUAAAAGCCUUCCCAUUGCCCAUUCCAAAGAUUUAACAUUAUGGAAUAAAACUUUUUCUGUAAUAAAUUAAUUUAUUAUCCUGUUGAAAUGCCAUGAACUGUACGUAGUCCAGAAUAGUUUUACUUUUUUAUUCAAACCAAAUUUCAGCCAGUUGCACUGGUAAACUAGGUCCUAUUAAAAUAACUACAUUUUUUAUGUAAUGAAUUUUAAGAUUUUAAUUUCAUUUUUCAUUGUAUGCUUUAAGCAAGCCUGUAAAAGAUUAUGAAAAAAUGUAAGACCAGUUGAAUAAAAUGUGUUGAUGCACAAGAA